AUGGGGUAUGGGGGCGUAUGGGGUAUGGGGGCGUAUGGUGUAUGGGGGCCAUGCAUGGAUGGGAGCAUGUGGGGAGCGGGCGUAGCAACAGCAUGGACUAUUGAUGGUUCGCCAGACAUGCUGGUGAGUGGUGGUGCAUCUGCAGAUCUGCAGGUGUAUGGGUGCAUGGGUGCAUGGGUGUAUGGGUGGAAGGGUGCAUGGGUGUAUGGGUGGAAGGGGGCAUGGGUGCAUGGGUGCAUGGGUGUAUGGGUGCAUAGGUGUGUAUGGGUGCAUGGGUGCAUGGGUGUAUGGGUGGAAGGGUGCAUGGGUGUAUGGGUGGAAGGGGGCAUGGGUGCAUGGGUGUAUGGGUGCAUGGGGACAUGGGUAUAUGGGUGCAUGGGUGCAUGGGUGCGUGGGGGCAUGGGGCAGUUGGAGAGGGAGGUGGCAGCAGGGGUGUGGUGCUUGGAAGCAUGCUUUUCAGGGUGGGCGCCAGGGCAGUUGGAGAGGGAGGUGGCAGCAGGGGUGUGGUACUUGGGAGCAUGCUCGCCCGACCUCAUUCUCAGGCAUUCCCUGAGAGAUACUGUGGCUGUAGAGAGUGCAGGUGACAGUUCCAAUAGCGAGAUCGACAGUAUCGAGGCCGCGGAGAGGGGUGUUGAGAGGAGUGAGACAGGUGGUGUGGGGGUAAGGAGGGAGGGAGCGGUGGGUGUGAGUGGGAACACAGGGCUGUGGAGAGAGGUGAUGGAGUUGAUGGGGGGAGAGUAUGCUCUCCUGUGUAAACAGGCAGAUGGGGAGCUGUAG